AAUAUUGGUGAGGUUCCUCGUGAAAGACCCUGUAUACUAUGCGCAUGACCUUAUGCCCCCCUAACGUAAAAUGAGAACAUUCACGAUCAUUGUUGUUUGGUGUUAAUAUGGUAUUAUUAACAAAUAGAUCUAAGAGAAAUUGCGUUUUUCCUACAACCAAUAUUGAACUUAAGAACAUCACAGUGGCGACGAGGCAAAAACAACAAAUUAAUUGCAAAUAUAGUGAGUGAAACGCAGAGCAAUGGCUCAAGAAGAAAAUUCUACUGGACGGAAUGGUCUUAUUGGAAAAAUUCCAGAAUUCAAUUUCAACAUAUCUGAUUGAACCAUUUAUAAAGCAAGACUCGAUAAUUAUUGCGAAGCAAAUAACAUCACCGGAGUUAAGAAACGAGCGAUCUUCCUCAACAUGUUGGACGAAGACUCUUAUCGUCUUAUUUUCGAUCAAUGCAUCCCAGUGAAGCCGGAACAAAAAAGUUAUGAACAGCUGUUAGAAAUAUUCGUUCAUACUCCUUUUGCGGAGAGAAUAAAAUUUUACGAAUCCGAAAGAGGACCGGAAGAAUCUUCAAAUGAGUGGGUAGCACGUGUGCGAAGAUUGGCCAUACAGUGUGAAUUUGAUAACCACCUCGAGACGGCUCUCCGAGAUAAAAUUAUUUGUGGAUUUGGUAAGGGACCUGUCUUAGACCGACUUCUAGAAGAGAAAAUCACCAUUUCCUUGGCGGAUGCAGUGAAGAUAGCCAAUCACAAAAUGGAAGCACUCUCUUCGUUUGGAUGUAAAAAUGGCCAGGGCCAGGAUGGACAGCAAGACGGAAAUCCAGUCAAACAGGAGGUGCUGUAUUUGCGCAGCCGCCAGGAGCAGCCGGGAACCAAUCGGCGACCAGGAAAGGUGACGCAAAGUACUGAAGCGUCAUCAGCUUCCUCAGAAUUGGGGUACGCAGUGUGUGGACGCAGAGGACACAAUAAAGAUAAGUGUUAUUUUUCAAACUGUUCUUGUCGUUAUUGUAAUAGAAAGGGACAUUUGGAAAAUAUGUGUAUCAAAAAGAGAAAAAGAUUCAGGGUGGACGGAAAGUUUAAGAAAAACAAUUUUUUGGUCGAAGAAAAUGCUUUAUCUAGUAAUUUCACUGUACUCGAUAUCGACUCUGAACAUGAUGAAUUACCACUUUAUUCACUAACUGAUCCAAACGACGAACCGUAUUGCAUCUUGGCUAUAUAAACGGCAUUUCAAUCAAUUUUCAGAUUGAUACUGGAUCUAGCAAUAGUGCAAUAUCCGAUAAGGAAUAUUAUGAAAAAUUUUCAGAUGUGAAAUUAUUACCAACCAACAAAAUUUUAUGGUUUUAUAUUGGGGAAAAAAUCAAGCCUGUAGGUUAUUUUCAGGCAAAGAUAAAAUGUCAAAAAUUAGAAAGAAUUUUGAAUCUAUACGUAAUAUCAAAAAGGGCCACCAAUCUUAGGACGAGAUUUCCUGAAUUAUUUUGAUAUACAGUUUUGAAAUUUUACGAAAAAAAUGUCAGCCAAUGAUCGAAAAAUUUCGAAAUUAUUGCAGGAAUAUAAUUCUCUAUUUUCUGAAGGAAAAUUUAACUAAGGUGUUGCAAGUAUAAAAAUGAAACAUUCAAACGUGAGUCCAAAAUUUUUCAAGGCACGGCCAUUACCUCAUGCUAUCAGAGAUCUUGUUGAACAGGAAAUUAAUAGACUUGUUGAAGUAGGUAUCCUGACACCGGUGAGCUUCAGCGAAUGGGCGACUCCUGUGGUGCCAAUAAUUAAGAAAAAUGGAGAGAUUAGGCUAUGUGCGGACUUCAAGGUUACAAUAAACCCUCACAUUCAAGUGGACCAAUACCCAAUUCCUCGCAUAGAGGAUCUGUUUGGUAGGCUGCAAGGAGGAGAACAAUUCACAAAGUUGGACUUAUCACAAGCAUACCAGCAGAUAGCUGUGGAUGAGUCCUCUAAGAAGCUCUCUCCACACACAAGGGACUCUUCAGACCAGAAGACAGUGGAAGCUGAAAGAUAUCAAGACCAUCCCUAUUGUCAU